AUGGGACGUUACACGGGUAAAAAAUGUCGACUUAUAUCCAUGUUCGUGUUAACCGCUGGUUAUUUUUUUGUCGAACUAAUUGUCGGAUAUGUAACUAAUUCAAUGGCGCUUGUCGCUGAUUCUUUUCAUAUGCUGAGUGAUGUUAUUGCACUCAUUGUCGCAUAUUUAUCAGUGAAGUCAAUCAACUUCAACACAUGUAAAACUAAACUACAGCAUUAA